AUGGACGAGGAGGAUUUCCUGGAGGCAGCAAGGAUGGGUGCCUUCGAUGACGAAGGCAAACGCAGUGGCAAAGGGAAGAUGAGUGAAGGCAAGGGAGGAGGACGAUGCCCCGUGUGUAAGAAGAGCCUAAGUGAAGACCGCCUUAGCGGGAAGCACAUGUGCAAGAUCGUUGCGACGUUUCAUUGCUGUGGGAAGUGGACUAGCCACUCUGGACGCCACAACCUCGAAGAGGGUCGAGUCAUGGGUCAGCGAUGCAAGCAGUGUGGUGAAUAUGGCACUCCGUCGGAGAAGUUCAUGCUGGCUGAUGGCUUUAGCGGCGAUGGCUUUGAAAAGAAGCCGCACCGGGGAGAUCUUUGUGAAGCCUGCGAGCGCUAUGGCAACUGUCGAGGUGUGUUCUCUAACCCCUUUGAGAUAUCCAUGGCUAUGCAGCUGAUGUACGACCAGCCCGCGCAGUGGAGGCUUGUGACAGCUUUUCCCUGGGAAAUUUUGACAGUUGUGCUGCUUCCCUUCGCUUGCUUUCAAAACUAUACUUUUCAAGGCUACCUUCAACCAGACAACACCUACGGCCGUCGCGAGACGGCGGUCCUGCCAGCUAAGUGGCAGCAGGCCCCCUUAGCUCCAACGCCGCCAGGUCGCUUGCUGCCCAUGCCUGCAGAGAAGGCGGCGCCUUUGGAGCCCUGCGUGGCAUGUUGGCUCCUGGACACCUACGGCCCACUGGAAUCAUCGUCCUUCUUGGAGGAUCGACAGCUCUUCCAGGAGCUCCAGCACUUCGGGGAAGAGAUGAAGCGUAACGACUUCCUCCGCGCGACGCAGCAGCGCGCGGCGUACGUUGCCAAGAAGGCAGCGGUGGCCCGCGAGCUGAGAUGGCGUCACAACGAGCGGCAUCGUCACUGA